AUGACGGAACUCGGGAGACAUUUCAAUCUAGACAGCGAGACGAGAAUGUUGCAAUACACGUCCUGCAGCUUCGAUCCCUCGAUCCUCGAAAUCUUCGGGACACUCAUCCACGGAGGGUCGGUCUGUAUCCCCACGGAGACCGCACGGCUCAACAACAUCCCCCAAGCGAUCGAGAAUCUGGGAGUAAACACGGCCGUCUUUGUCCCCAGCGUUUUGAAGCUACUGCACCCGGAUCAGAUCCCGGGGGUGACGAAAUUGAUCAUCGGAGGCGAGAAGUUAACACACUCACUCAUCGACCUCUGGGCAGAGAAGAAGCAGGUCAUCAAUGCCUAUGGGCCGACGGAGACAUGUGUCUGCUCCCUUGCCAACUUACGCGUUUCAGUCAGAAGUCUGGGGGCCAAUAUUGGGAACACUGCGAUCGCCUGUCGCGCUUGGGUAGUCAACCCCCAUAAUGAACGUCAACUGAUGCCCAUUGGCGCCGUGGGAGAGCUCUGGAUCGAAGGCCCCACCGUUGCGCGAGGAUAUCUGAAUAAUGCCGCGGCCACCGAAGCGAGCUUUGUGUCUUCGUUGCCAUGGGCGAACGCUGAAUGUGGAACCUCGACGCGAGCCUAUCGAACUGGCGAUCUGGUGAGGUAUCUCUCGAACGGAGAGCUUCUGUUUCUGGGUCGCAAGGAUAAGCAGGUUAAGCUCAACGGUCAUAGGGUCGAAUUGGAGGAGAUCGAGGCUGCGAUAUGCCGGUCUCCGCUCGUCGCUCAUGCCAGCGUCCAGCUUCUGAGCGUCGGGGGUUCGUCGGUCCUCGCUGCGUUCUUGGUACCACAAGGCAGCACAAGAAGACAACAGGCUGGCGACGACGACAUUUGCAAGCUUCUCCGCCUUUCUGAAGGUGAUUUGGGGGCUCAUCUGCGGGAUGGUCUGCGAGAACAGCUACCGGCUUAUAUGAUUCCCGAGUACAUGAUCCCCGUGAACUUCAUCCCAUUGAUGCCGUCCGGGAAGAUCGAUCAGCACCGUCUGGCUGAGAUUCUCGCGCAGGCGCGCCUCCUCAGUCGCAAACAUUCCUCGGGCGACAACGAAACAGCCAAGGAAAAAGCCCAAGCGUUACCGGACAGCUACAAGACCAUGCAAAGUCUCUGGGCAAACGCACUCGAUAUUCCCUCCUCUACCAUCUCGCCGACCGAUCGAUUCCUGCAUCUAGGAGGCAACUCGAUUCGCGCGAUGAAACUGGUCUCCGCCGCCAGGGACUGUGGCAUCCGAUUGACCGUGGGCGAGGUCCUUAAGAAUCACACUGUCGAGGAAAUAUCCCGGAUAGCAAGAUCGAAGAUCGUCAGGGCGGCGGCGAUACCGAAGUCUCCAGUGCAGAUUGAUACGCCGCGGACAGCAUAUAUCCCUACAUGGAUCCAGAUGGUCUCCGUCACCACUGUCGGUGCAUUCCCUGAAGGGAACUAUACGCGGAUUGUCAUUGACCUCCGAGGAAGCCUGGAUCUGGCUCGACUCCGCGAGGCAAGUCGGUCUCUGGUCGAGAAGAACGAGAUACUACGUACUCAAUACAGGCUGCGAAACGGGACGAUCGAAGCCAUUGUUUUGGAUAAGACGGAGGUGGAUGUGCCGGUCGUCCACUUCGAUUCUCGAUCCCAGGCAGUGAAACACUGGGAGUCCGUUUCGCCAGACGGCUGUCUGGAUCGGCAGUUGGUGGAGUUUUCCUACGUUGUCAUGAACGCGAAUUCGACACAUUUUGCUCUAGGGCUGCAGCACAGCCAAUAUGACGCAUGGACGGUGCCGUUACUUCUGUCGCAGUUGCAACGCAUCUACCACGGUCUGCCGAUCUCUUCGGGGCCUCCGUUCUCGGUCUACGCGGCUCGACUGCCCUUAGAAUCCAACGCAGCCGCUGAGGCAUUCUGGAAAGCGCAACUAGCAAACCUUCCCAUGACUUCACUGCGCAACAACGGGUUGAAUGAUGGUGGCGACGCCGACAAGCCAGACGGCCACUUCCAGAGAACUAUCAGGCUUCUCCCAUCACCAUUCACAUUUGCCACCACGAUCUACGCCGCAUGGGCCCUCGUGCUAUCCAAGCACGCCAAUACCAAGAGGGUAGUAUUCGGCGGCGCCGUCAGCGGCAGGAACAUCGACAUGGAAGGCAUCCUGGAUGUGGUCGGACCAUGCAUCAACAUGAUCCCGUUCACGGUCGACGUCGCAGGCGUGAUCACGUAUCUGGACGUCUUGCAGGCUGUCCGCGAUGCGCUGAUCGCGACAGUCCCGUUCGAAGCCAUGCCAAUGCCGGAUAUCCUCUCGCGCUGCACAGACUGGGACCCAAUGGCCGCGUUCGGGUCAAUUGUUCAGCAUCUCGAUAUUAGCUUUGAUGUUCCUCCUCUUGAAGGGAUAGAAUCCGGAGAGGUUGGGGGUCCAGGCAUGCUGAAGUGGAAGUACUUGGAGGUUAGGAAGCAAUAUGGUCGGUGUCGGGCUACGGAUAUUUAUGUGUGCUCAUCCACAGCGACAGGGGAUGCUGGCGCAGCUGAUGUCCAGUUGAAAUUCAAUCCUUCGGUGAUCAGUCCGGAGUUGGCGGGGGCGUUGUUUGAUGAGCUCUGCGGUCAUAUUUCGGCUGCCUUGCAGAGUCCAGCGCAGGAUAUUCGGAAGUGA